AUUAAUAAAAUUAAUAAGUGAAAAAAUUAAUUGGUUGAAAUAAUAGUUAAUGUUAAAAAUGACUGAGGAUUCAGGUCCUAGUUGUGUUUCCGAAAGUAAACCGGAAAACCAACCUUCGGAUACUCUAAGCUCUCAAAGAGUUUUCAAGAAAACUUCCCCCAAUAACAAACUGACGUUAUAUUUAAGCUCGAGGGAUUUGGUGGUUUCAUCCGGAAAAGUCGAUAAGUUACACGGGGUUUUGUUGAUUGAUCCCGAUUUUGUACAAGAAAGGAAGAUUUAUGGACAGAUAACGCUUACAUUUCGAUACGGGAGAGAAGAUGAAGAAGUUAUGGGAUUGAAGUUUUGUAACGAAGCUAUCAUGUGUUUGAUGCAAUUGUAUCCACCCCACGUUGGAUCACAUUUAACGGAAAACGUUACACCUUUACAGGAUGCUUUAUUAAAACGACUUGGUCCAAACGCAUAUCCAUUUACAAUGGAAAUCACUCCAUUGGCGCCACCAAGCGUUCAAUUAGUACCAGCAAAAGAAUACAGCGGAGCUCCAAUUGGAACUAGUUAUGAUGUUCGUGCUUACAUUGCUGAUAAAAUCGAAGAAAAACUUCAACGGCGUGCAACAGUUAGAAUGGGAAUUCGCGUCGUUCAAAGAGCUUUCGCGCCACCAUCCCCGUAUUUAUACAGCCCUUCACCGGCGAAAGAGAAACGUCACAAACUCGCAUUAUUUUGCAGCAAAAGUGUUCCUACGUCUACUGACGUAACUCAACAUUUCGCCACCUCGCAGCAACAUCUCCAGCUUCAAAGUAACACCCCACGAGCAGCAACCUCCGAAAUCCAACUAGAAAUGAGGAGAUUAACUGAAAAGAAACAACCGAUAUGUGAUUCUGAACAAAAGAUCGAUAUAUCGGAAAGAGUGGAAAAGUUUAUUGACGAAAACGGGGAGAAAAGUACUCAUGUUACCUUUAAAGAGGAAUUAAAAGAGAGAGAGGACGAUGAGGAAAAGGUUAAAGUUCGAUUGGCGAGGAGCGCUUCGAUAUCAAGUGAGGCAAGUUCUAAUAACCGCCAUAGAUCAACGUGUGGAGGAAAAAGACCAAGCUUAGCAGCAUUCUUAGCAGAAGUCCCAGCACCACGAGCUUUAGUAGAAAAACCGUUCCUUCUAAGCGACGGCAAAGUGGAAUUAGAAGCCCGACUAAACAAAGGCAUUUAUUACCACGGCGAAGAAAUAGACGUUAUUUGUAACAUAAGAAACAACAGUAAUAAAGCAAUAAGACGAGUGAAGGUUUUUGUUGUUCAACACGUAGACGUUUGCAUGUUCUCAAAUGGAAAAUUUAAAAAUAUAGUUGCUUUAAUCAACUCAAAAAACGAUUGCCCUUUACUUCCCGGCUCAACAACCGAAUUAACUUACACUUUACUUCCGAUGAAAGGUUCAACAAAAAAUUGGAUCGCUUUAGAAGAUUCCUACACGAAAUCGGGUACAUCUCUAGCUUCCUCAGUAACAUCAUCUUCCUCUAAUCCUGAAGAUCGCAACGUUUUCGCAAUUUACGUUUCUUACUAUGUUAAAGUAAAACUGGUAGUUUCCGUAAUGGGAGGUGAUGUUUCCAUAAAAUUACCGUUCACUUUAAUACAUACAUGCGACGAUUACGAUUCUUCGCCUAUGGUGGAGAUGCAAAAAAUUGUUCAUAGAAAAUCUGUCGUCGAAGACGUUAAACAGGAGAAAGACGGAACUUGAGAGUUGGAUAGAAAGAUUGAGAAGACGGUUGUGGAGGUGAACACAGUAAAAUUGGAACCAAAACAACAAACAAAAAAAACUAACUCAUUAACCGAUCGAAAAAACUCGUCUCUUUUGAAAGAUAUGAAGAAUUUAGAUGAAAUAGUUACGUUAAAUCGCGAAAUGGAAGAUGAUAAAGAGAAGGUUGAAAAUAAUUCCGUUGAAAAUGAGAAUGGUGCGUCAAAAAGCUUUUGUAUGUAUCGCGGAUUGUGUUGCUUACGAAGGACUUCUUAACAGAAGUUAUAAAAAAAUUUUAUUGAAAAGUUAAUCUAUAUGUGCAUAUCAGCUAAAAAAAAUUAAUUGUUCCACUUUUUUUUCAUUAUGUAUCACUGCCACACUAUUCCUCAUCUUAACCAAAAAAAGUGUAAUAAUAAUUGGAGCCUAAUAUUAGUAAUUUCAAUGUAACUAUUAUUGUGACCUCUCACGUUGCUUUAAGGUCGCCUCGAAUCGUUACAGGCACUAAUUACUUCUCAAUAAAUCAUAAUAACGAUUCUCGACUACCUCCCUUCUCUAUAUACACUAAAAAUCAAUAGAGAAACUCGCCCAAACGACCUUUCUUCCUUUUAUGUUGUGUUGUAUUACAAACUUAGUUAUUAAAGCGGAAAUAUUACAAUCAAUGUACAUAAAAAGCUCCUACAAAAAGAUUGUUUUAUCUUAAAAUAAUAAACAUUUAAGAAACAAAUUGCACGACCAAGUUAAAUAAUAAAUUGUACAUAACAUACCAAAUACAAUAUUUACAUAACGUCGUGUUUAUGUGAUUAAUUAUAAAAUAUGAUGUAAAAGAGCCUUUUUUUUAAUAAAAUAUUCAUAAAAACCACUUUGUAUGGAUUAUUUAAAACCUAAACAAA